AUGUGCACCACCCUCUUCCUGCUCAGCACCUUGGCCAUGCUCUGGCGCCGCCGAUUCGCCAACCGGGUCCAACCAGAGCCCAGAGGAGUAGACGGGGCCAUUAUGGGCAGCAGAUUGGAAACAGACCUCCCGUCCGCAGGCAGGGAGAAAGAGUCUCUGAAGUAAGUCGUCACCUCUUCAGGCGGAGCUCGGCCCCAGGGACUGAGAUCAGGGGCAGAAGCAGUCUCCCCAUUUAACAGGCAGUGUGGAACCCAAGUGGUCUGGUGCUGAGGAUGGGAGGGACCCCCGACUACCCUCAGAAGAAGAACCGUCUGGUAAAAUGAAGGGGAUGGACCACUUCCAGAUUCUCCCAGUCAGAACAGGCUACGAUGGACCGUGUUUGGAGGUGCUGACAAUGACUCGCCCCCUCAGCAAGCGUGGAUGGAGCACCUGUAUGCUGGGCCUCGUGGGUGCAGAAAUGAAGCAAGACUUCCUGCCACAAAGAGCUAGAAAACAUAGCAGAAUAUAAGCAACCGACACUUGAUAGCAGGCACCACACAGGAUGGUGACCACAUGGCCGCCUCAGUGUCUGCCUCACCCAGGUCCCUGUCUGUGGCGUGGGGAGGGGAGCCCCAGCAGACUGCAGGGGUCUCGUUCUGGCGAGGAGACAAGAGCAGAGCUCAGGACAGCGUGCUGUUCCUAAGGGUAUACACACAGAUCAGAGGGAUCGCCAAAACAGACACCACGACGGUGAUCCGAUGGAGAAAGAAAAGUCCUUUUGAGAGAAUACGAAAAGCACUAACCAUAAAAGAAAAAGAUAAGUGGAACUUUAUCGAAAUUCUUGGAAAGCCCAGAAUAUUUGCCAAGCAAAAAUCUGAGAAAGGACCCGUAUCCGGAAUAUAUAAAGAACUUUUACAACUCAAUAAGAAGAAGACAGCCCCCCAAAAGGGGGGGGGUUUAAUAGACACUUCACAAGAAAGUAUACAUAUGGCCAGUAAACACAUAAAAAGAUACACAACAUCCUAAGUCAUCAAGGAAAUGCAAAUUAAAACCACUAUGAGGUACUACUGCACACUCACCAGAACGGCUAAAAGACCAUGACAGAUGUUGGUGAACGACCGUAAUCCUGUACUAAUACAUUGCUGGGAAACCAGUUUGGCAGUUUCUUAGGAAGUUAUCCAAGAGGAAUGAACCUGGUCCACACAAAGAGAUGUUCAGAGCAGGGUUAUUAAUAAUAGCUUCAAACUGGAAACAACCCAAAUAUCCUUCAACAGGUGAACGGAUAGGAAAGGGGGCAGUGUAUUCACACAAUGGAAUACUACUCAGCAAUAAAAAGGAAAUGAGCCACGAUAUGAGUCAUAACACGGGGCACUGAGAGAAGCCAGACCCCAAAGAGCACCUACCGUAUGAAUCCAAGUAGAGGAGAUUCUAGAACAGGCAGAACUAAUCUGGAAUGGCAGAAAGCAGAUCAGUGGUUGUCUGGUGCCAGGGCUAGAUAUGGACACUGUGAAAUAGCAGGAAGGUGCCCUUCAGGGUGCUGGAGAUGUUCUAAAUCCUGACCGGGGUUGUGGUUAUACGGGUGUACGGCUGAUUGGAUGAUUGAAUCGUACAUUUUAAAUGCAUGCAUUCUA